AUUUGCUCUCAACUUUUAAAACUUUAAACCCUCCGUCGGAACGGACUCUCGGAAUUUUAUCUUUCAUCGGAGCGCCUCUGUUUUCUCUUCAGUGGGUAGAGAGAGAAAAAAGCGCGAUUUCUAGAGAGAGAAAGAAAGCGAGCUCAGAGGCACAGAGAGAGAGGCUCGUGCUUUCUAGGGUUAGGUUCCUUUUCUAUGUAGAAGUUUAAAAAGAAAAAGAAAAAGAAGCUCCGAGCUUAAUUAGACGUUAAAGGCAGCGAUUCUAGCUUUAUUGUUAUUCAUUAUUAUUAAAUUUCUUUUCUUGGAUGAAUUUUCUUGGGAAAAUUUAGCGUCGACUGUAAGUUGCUUUUGUGUUGUGUUUAUCUGGUUUCCUUGGCUGUAAAUUCCUUUUAUAAGCCGACGAGGCUUCCAGCUCAAGCAAAGUUGUUCAUACAAGUUUGACAAGAGAGUUCGUUUUCGCAAUUUAUAUUCGGAAACAAAAAGAAAAGCCUUGCCAUCGGUCAGAAAAUUGACUCCUUUUCUUUCCAAACAAUUUUACUUUUUUCUUUCCUUUUAUAAUAUAAAUUCGUGAAGUAGUGCUGGUGGAAGUAGAAGAAUCUUCUCUGAAUGUUUAGUCUGGAUAAGAAAGCUUCAGUCUUUAUAGGAAUUGGGUUUUUUUGUGAUGGUGGUUUGAGGGAUGCUAUGGAAAUUGAAGCAAAUGUUCACUGAACCUUGAUGAAGAGCCGGAGUAUCGGAUUGGGAUAAUGUCAAUUGUGUGAUUAAGCAUCGUGGAAAGGAAGGGGUUGAAAUGAGGAAUUCGGGUAUCAUUUGAGAGUUGCAGCAUGAAUUGCAGCGUGAACAACGGAGGAAGAGGAGAGAGGGAGCAUGAGCAAACGGUUUUGCGAAGGUCGGUGGAGGUUGAACCGAUAUUGGUCCCGCAGCAGCUGACGAUCGAUGAGAACUUGUUGGUUGACCCGAAGUUGUUGUUUAUCGGGUCGAAAAUCGGCGAAGGAGCACAUGGGAAAGUUUAUGAAGGAAGGUACCGUGAUCGAAUUGUUGCUAUCAAAGUCCUCCAUCGUGGGAGUACUUCUGAAGAAAGAGCUGCACUUGAGAGUCGUUUUGCUCGUGAAGUUAAUAUGAUGUCUAGGGUAAAACAUGAAAAUCUUGUCAAGUUUAUUGGAGCUUGCAAGGAUCCUCUAAUGGUGAUAGUUACUGAGCUAUUACCCGGGAUGUCACUCCGGAAGUACCUGAUGAGUAUUCGUCCAAAUCCAUUAGAACUCCAUGUGGCAAUUAAAUUUGCUCUUGAUAUCGCUCAUGCGAUGGAAUGUUUACAUGCCAAUGGGAUUAUCCAUAGAGAUCUGAAACCUGACAAUUUAUUGCUUACGGAAAAUCAGAAACAUGUAAAGCUUGCGGAUUUUGGUCUUGCAAGAGAAGAAAGCGUGACAGAGAUGAUGACAGCAGAAACUGGGACUUACCGUUGGAUGGCUCCAGAGCUGUAUAGCACUGUGACCUUACGUCAGGGAGAGAAGAAGCAUUACAAUAACAAGGUUGAUGUAUAUAGCUUUGGGAUUGUCUUAUGGGAAUUAUUGACCAACCGCAUGCCCUUUGAAGGCAUGUCCAAUUUGCAGGCUGCUUAUGCUGCUGCUUUCAAGCAAGAGAGGCCUCGACUUCCGGAGGAUAUAUCCCCUGAUCUUGCCUUUAUCAUCCAGUCAUGUUGGGUUGAAGACCCUAAUUUAAGGCCUACCUUCAGCCAGAUCAUCCGCAUGCUCAACUCAUUCCUCUUCAAACUGUCACCACCCUCACCGCCUAUACCAGAUACCGACUCCAACGAAGCAGCAGCAAGUAAUGGUACCAUGAGUGAAUUAUCUGUUCGGACAAGAGGGAAGUUUGCUUUCCUUAGGCAACUGUUCAAUGCUAAGAGGACCAAGAACUCACAAUGAGCAGUCAAUUUUUUUUUCGAAACCAUCAAUUUGUUCCAACUGGCAGAACAGUCUUGCGAUAGUAGAUACAAUUUUUAGCGAAUUUAUGAUUGAUUACCUUAAAAGA